AUGGAAACUUCUGGCGAGCUAGAUCAAUCUCACAAGAUUUUGAAUGAUAUAAGUUUUGAACUCAAGAGUGGUCUGAUGAUGGCUAUAAUGGGAGGUUCAGGUAGCGGGAAAACAACCUUGUUGAAUACCUUAUCUCAACGGACCAAUAUCAAUAAUAAGAAAUUACUUUUCACAGGUUCAAUAACUUAUACCAGACAGGAGAACCUUUCUCAUAUUAGUCAUGCAUACAUGUUGCAAAAUGACUUGUUUCUUCCAGGAUUAACAGUCUUUGAAACCCUCAAGUCCCAAGCUGACUUACGUUUACCAUCUCGUAUAACCCACGUAGAGAAGUUGCAAUUAAUAGACUAUAUCUUGGGAGUUUUGGGAAUUGCACACGUGAAAAAUACAAGAGUAGCUGACUUUUCUUCACAUUCUUCUAGUCUUUCAGGCGGUGAACAAAGGCGAGUGUCGUUGGCUGUACAAUUAUUGUCACGCCCCUCGAUAUUAUUUCUUGAUGAACCAACUACAGGCUUGGAUAGUUCAACAUCAUUAAAGUUGAUAACGUUGCUUCAACAGCUCUCUUCUGAAUUUGGGAUGUCAAUAGUGGUUUCUAUUCACCAGCCUCGACUGGAAAUUAUGAAGUUGUUUGACGAAAUUUGCCUUUUAACAAGAGGUGGAAGAAUGGUUUAUUUCGGAAAUGUCGAUCAUGCCCAAACAUAUUUUGACGGUCUUGACUUUUUGGAAGGAUCUUCUGCUGAUUACUUUAAUCAUAUCGAAUACAUCAUGGGAUUGUCGGUCAAAGAUACAACUUCACGUGAACGUGAGCAUCAAACUAUAGCUCGAAUCGAUAAGCUAGUUAAAAUGUGGAAAGAAAAUCACGAAGAAUAUCAAGAUGAUGACAAGAAACCUGAUUCAUUUGAAGAUAAUUUGAAAUUAUUUAUUCGUGGAAAAGAAGACCGGAUUUCAUUUUGGAAAGAAUUAAUUAUUCUCACUAAACGUACAUUCGUACUUUCAUACAGAGACAUACAGGGUCUCUUGGUGUUGAACUUCGGUGCAAUAAUCGUAUCUGUAACACUAGGAUGGAUGUUUUUCCAACCAAAACAUGAUUUGGCAGGUAUAAGAUCUCUCACUUCCUCGCUUUAUGUCAUGCUAGAAGUGGUUGCUUUUUGUCCCAUGUAUUAUGAAAUUGAACGAUUAUGGUUAACUGAUGGGGUAUUCUUCUAUCGUGAAUAUCUGGAGAACUGGGUAACCAUCUCUGGGUUUAUGAUAUCUCGUCGUCUAGGAAAAUUUCUACUUGAAGAUCUUCCGAUGUCUAUUAUAUUUGCGGUAGUUUCAUACUUUAUGUGGGGAUUAGGGUUUUCCAAUGGAAGCAACUUUGGAGUAUAUUUUGCAUUGGUUUUAAUUAUUGAGCUUUGUUGUAUGGCAUCACUGAUGCUUUGUUUCGCACUUGCUCCGACUUUACCAAUAUCUGCACUAAUUGUUAAUAUCUUCUACCAAUUACAAAAUAGUGCUUGUGGAUUUUUCGUAAAUGCAGCUACCAUGCCUGUGUAUGUGAGAUGGACCAAAUAUAUUGCUCAUUUCUGGUAUGCAUUUGGAGCUUUGGCGUCCAACCAGUUCAGUGGCUGGGUUGGAGAAUGUCCUUUUGAAGAAGGUGACGUUCGAUGUGUAAGCUAUACUGGUGACUAUCAAUUGGAACUCUUGGGGUUCCCUAGGGGAUGGAUUGGUGAACCUAUUGGAAUCUUGAUUUGCUGGUUUGUGGGGUAUUUGUUUCUUGCGGGUAUUGCUAUCUACUUCAAGAGGUUUGAUGUUAGAAUGGCAAAGACAAGAGAGAAUAAGUUUGAGGAUGAACAACAAGAGGAAGAAGAAAGAAACAAGGAAAUAAGUGGAGGUAGUUCAGUUAUUGAACCGCAAUCCCCUCCAUCUACUCCUACUAAUGAGGUUAAUAAUGAUGAUUUUCAAAUUGAUAUCGAAAAUAUUCACCUUUCAGUUAAAAAGACUAGAUUUAACAAACAAGCUAAAUGCAUUCUUGAUGGGAUUAAUGCAACUUUCCAUGCCAAUGCAGUCAAUGUAAUAAUGGGCCCUUCGGGAAGUGGUAAGACAACAUUAUUAAACUACCUAUCUAACCGUCUUCCUAAAUCCUCGUCAUAUAUAAAUCUGGGACUGAUCAAGGUCAAUCAUCAUCAGACUAUAACUCAGGAAGAACUAGCCAAGAUCGGUGCUUAUGUUACCCAACAUGAUACUUCAUUAAUCGACAACUUGACAGUAAGAGAAACGUUAUAUUAUCAAGCAAAAAUCAGACUUCCCUUAAAAGAACACAAGAAUAUUCAUACAAUAAUAAAUAGUCUCAUCAGACACACUGGUCUUGUUGACUGUGCAGAUACUGUUAUUGGCUCUGAUUUUGUCAAGGGUAUUAGUGGUGGUGAGAAACGAAGAGUUUCCAUUGCUAUUCAAUUAUUAUCUAAACCGAAGGUACUAUUUUUAGAUGAACCCACCUCAGGUUUGGAUUCAUCUACAGCAGAAACUAUAUAUUCACUCUUGGAAACCUUAGCUAAAGAGAAUGGCACAACGGUUAUUCUCACUAUUCAUCAGCCGAGUUAUGAGAUGUUUUGUACGUUUGGAUCACUUUUAUUAUUGGGAUAUGGUGGAAAAGUUAUAUAUCAGGGAGAUUCAAUUGGUGUAAUCAAAUAUUUGUCGCGAUUAGGAUACCCAAUGAAAAAGGAUACAAAUGUUGCUGAUUUUGUGUUAGAUUUAGUUUCCAAAAGAGAAGAAGGCGAAGGUUCCAUUACUGACUACUUGAGCAAUAAUUGGAACAACAAUGAGAAGGAACGUAUUAUAACUUAUUGUUCGAGUGAGAAUUUAGAUAUUAGACAGCAUUUCCAUAAGAGAUUACCAUUUCGAGUUACAUUCCCAACGAUAGUUGAACGACAGGUCGUAACAUCAUACCGCUCGCCGGAUGUGGUUUUUAGUCGGACAGGACAAAUUAUAUUAUUAGCCAUUGUGCAUACCUUAUAUUUUGCACCAUUGAGAAAUACUCAGGACGGGAUCAGCAACAGGUUAGGUUUAAUUCAAGAAGUUUUAAACUUGUACUUUGUUGGGUUGGUGAACAAUAUAAGUUUAUACCCAUUUGAACGUAAUUUAUUCUACCAAGAGUAUAAAGAUGGCGUAUAUGGAGUCAGUGAAUUUGGAAUUUCAUAUUUCCUUAAUGAGUUGCCGACUGAGAUAAUUCCUAGUCUAUUUUUCGCGGCAUUGAUUGUGUUUGCAUGUGGUUUACCACGUACAGUAAAUAUGUUCUUUGCCAUGUAUGGAACUGCUGCUCUUUCGAUUAACUGUGGUGAAUCCUUGGGUAUUGUUGUUAACAGUUGCUUCAAUCAUAUGGGAGUUGCCACUAAUGUGUUGACGGUUUUUGUGAUCAUUGCAAUUUUCAUGGGUGGGACUAUGAGUUUACACAUGCCGCUGUUUUUCAAAGGUAUUAAUUACAUUAGUCCUAUGAAAUAUGCUGUUGCCAUAUGUGCGAAUUUGGGACUCAGGGGACAAGUAUUUGAAUGUAGUACUGGUUUGGACGAAUGUGUGUUUGAAACUGGUGAAGCGGUAUUAGAAUAUUAUAAUUUGAAGGCAGAUCUUGGGCCCAUGGUUGGAGGAUUGAUAGCUUGUUUUGUACUUUAUAGAGUGAUUGCUAUUGCUUCGAUUUACGUGCGGGUUAAAUGGUUUAAUUAG